AAGCCGCAGCGAGGAUCCGGGGGAGUCGAGGCGCCCGGGCAUGAGCUCCCGCGCGGCUGCCCAGUGAGCCCCGCCGCGCGCUGCCCGGCGGCCCCCCGGCAUGGGCGAGCGCGGCGGGCAGCCCGAGCGUCCGAGCCUGCACGGCGCGGGGGCUGCGGCGGCCGACGCGGGCGCUGCCGCCGUGAACGGGCUGCUGCUGCUGCACAACGGCUUCCACGCGCCGCCCGCGCCCCCGCCCCAGCUCUCGCCGCAGCCGCCGCCCCCUCAGCACGACUCGCCGGCCAAGAAAUGCCGGCUGCGGAGGAGGAUGGACUCCGGGAGGAGGAACAGGCCGCCAUUUCCUUGGUUCGGCAUGGAUAUCGGUGGGACGCUGGUUAAACUGGUCUACUUCGAACCAAAGGACAUCACAGCUGAGGAGGAACAGGAGGAAGUGGAGAACCUGAAGAGCAUCCGGAAGUAUUUGACUUCUAAUACCGCUUAUGGGAAAACGGGGAUCCGAGAUGUCCACCUGGAACUGAAGAACUUGACCAUGUGUGGGCGCACGGGGAACCUGCACUUCAUCCGCUUUCCCAGCUGUGCUUUGCACAGGUUCAUUCAGAUGGGCAGCGAGAAGAACUUCUCCAGCCUUCAUACCACCCUCUGUGCCACAGGAGGAGGGGCCUUCAAGUUUGAAGAGGACUUCAGAAUGAUUGCUGACCUGCAGCUCCACAAACUGGAUGAACUGGACUGUCUGAUUCAGGGCCUGCUCUAUGUCGACUCCGUUGGCUUCAAUGGCAAGCCGGAAUGUUACUAUUUUGAAAAUCCCACAAAUCCUGAAUUGUGUCAAAAAAAGCCGUAUUGCCUUGAUAACCCGUACCCUAUGUUGCUGGUGAACAUGGGCUCGGGGGUCAGCAUUCUCGCAGUGUACUCCAAGGACAACUAUAAAAGAGUGACAGGGACCAGUCUUGGAGGUGGAACAUUCCUAGGCCUAUGUUGCCUGCUGACUGGUUGUGAGACCUUUGAAGAAGCUCUGGAAAUGGCAGCUAAAGGCGACAGCACCAAUGUUGAUAAGCUGGUGAAGGACAUUUACGGAGGAGACUAUGAACGAUUUGGCCUUCAAGGAUCUGCUGUAGCAUCCAGCUUUGGCAACAUGAUGAGUAAAGAAAAGCGAGAGUCCAUCAGCAAAGAAGACCUCGCCCGAGCCACACUGGUCACCAUCACCAACAACAUUGGCUCCAUUGCUCGGAUGUGUGCCUUGAAUGAGAAUAUUGACAGAGUCGUGUUUGUCGGGAAUUUUCUCAGAAUCAAUAUGGUCUCCAUGAAGCUGCUAGCAUACGCUAUGGAUUUUUGGUCCAAAGGACAGCUAAAAGCUCUGUUUUUGGAACACGAGGGUUAUUUUGGAGCUGUGGGGGCACUUUUGGAACUGUUCAAAAUGAAUGAUGAUCAGUAGAGAUGAGCUGGAGAUGGAACAACCUUCUGUGAGGACAGAGAACUGAGCAUCGCUGCUGGAGAAGGUGUAAAUGCCAUGAAAUGGAUGGAUGGAUGGAUGGAUGGAUGGAUGGAUGGAUGGAUGGAUGGAUGGACGGACCGAUGGACGGAUGCACGCCAUGCCAUCGUGACUGAUGAACCUGCUGGAUUUGUAAAUACUUUAAUAUCCUUCUAGCUGAUCUUUUCUUCAGGGGUUUUGAGCAUAUGUUUCAAAAUGGGGAAUUCAAGAGUUUUUUCUGUAUACCAUAUUUUUUAAAAGAAAAACCAUUUGUGCAGCGUGGCCAAAACCUACCUAUUUCAUGCAUUGACAUUGGAAAGUUGUAUGAUGUGUAAGAAGGACCUGAAAUGUAAGUGCUGUUUAUAUUUCUUCUGGGGUUUACUGAUCAGUGUGGUAAUUUUAACUUCAUUUAGUAAUUACUCUAGGAGAUUUUACCUUUACUUAUAUUUUUCAUGACGUUUCAUGAUUUGCUGUUGGUUUCAAGUGAAACUACAAAUCUGGCAUGUUUAACUGUGAACACUAUUUUGUUUGUUUGUUUAAACUUUUGGGUCUUGUUUUUUGUUGUUGUUGUUGUCGUUCCUGUUUAAAUGUCAUGGAAAAAGAGAGCCCUUGUGCUUGAAUAACUCCCCUUCUUCUCCUUCUCUUUCUUUAAAUUUCGUAUUAAUCAAGGUGCUGACCAACUCAGUACAUACUUAAAUGCAACAUCUAAAAUGCUCAGAAAGUGCCCUUGAAUAGAAAACUCUGAAAGUGUCAAUGGAUCUAGUAAGCCUGGUAAAUCUUGAAAACCAUAUGCAAUUAUAUCUUACCCCUUAUGAAUACACUGUCUUUUGGUGGGUUUAGUUUAUGUUAAAUUAGUUGAAAUGUUCUACAUUAACAUGUUCUCAUCCACACACUGUACAAAUGGCAGCACAUCCUCCUCUAGGAUGUUAUGAAGUAGGAGGAAAGUCUCCCUUGUUGAUUAACUGCACACAGGGAGGUUGAGGGGAAGUCAUGUUUUGAGGUGGCAGGUCGUAAUAUCUGUUUUGUACAUGUGUGUACCUAGGAGCAUUGUAAUGGGAAUCUGAAAUAAUAAAGUUUUCUCAUUUGAAAUAUCUUUACCUGGAAAUUAUAUUUCAACCCCAGUUUCUACAGUUAACAAAAAUUAAGAUAUUGAUCUAGCUUUCUAUUUCUUUUGGAAAGACAUCAUUGGAAAUGAUGGGGAACUUUUAAAUAAGAGUCUUAAAACGGAAGAGAUCUCAUGUUUUAGAGCUAAUCAGUCUUUGGAAUUGAGCAUUUUAUUGAAAGGGAUUUAUUGAAGGGCAGUACAAUUGCUCCAUGAUAAAUAUUUUCUUCUCUUCCUCCUGAGCACCAUCUUUUAAUUUUCAUAUUUUCAAGUCUUGAAGUUGAUGUUAAUUAAAGUAUUCACUUGUCUGGUUGAAAUAAAGUCUGUUUUUGUUGUGA